CGUCUCAGUUCACCCUCCUCCCCAUCCAUCACACCGUCAAUCAGAGACAACAUCCGACAAGAUGGCCAAGUCCAAGAACGCGUCCCAGCACCACCGCAGCCAGAAGGCUCACCGUAACGGUAUCAAGAAGCCCAAGACCAACCGUUACCCCUCCCUCAAGGGUGUCGACCCCAAGUUCCGCCGCAACCACCGUCACGCUCUCCAGGGUACCAUGAAGGCCCUUAAGGAGCGCAAGGAGGGCAAGCGUGAGAUCGCAUAGAUUACGAAC